UGGGAGUGAAAGAGCACCAGACAGCAGGGUGAAGAGAGAGAGCAAGAGAGAGAGAGAGAGAGAGAGAGAGGGUGAGUGCAUGUGUGGUCAGAGAGAGAGAGAGGACAGAAGGGCAGUUAGAGAGCUUGAGGGAGACGAUAGAGUGCUAGAUAAUGGAGGUGCAGUCGGAGUGUGUGGAGCCGCCUGUGGCCCCUCAGUGUGACCCCCAGCCCACAGGGAAGAUCAACAAAGCUGCCUUCAAACUCUUCGGGAAGCGUCGCACCGGCUCCGGCAUGGCCAGCUUCUUCUCCUUCAGGAACAAAGGGGCCACGAACAGCAACGGGAAUUCUGACAACGGGAACUCUUUGAAUGGGAACGGCUCGGCAGCAUCGGUGGAGCUCGUUAGGAGCAAAACCCACGACGGACUAACGAGUUCCAACGACACCGAUGGACAGAGAGGGGAGGGGCUCCCUAGCCUGGAGGCAGGACCGGUGAGAUCACUGAGUAAAUCGUUGAGUUUCUUCUCUCUACUUCGACGUGGGAGUUUUCGAACGAGUGACAACGGAGGGGCGGGGCUUGUCCGGAGAGGGAGGGGCUUAAAGGGCUUUUUCAGCAGCAUGCGAUGGAGACGCAAGGACAAAACAAAUGAAAUAGAAGCUGAAGAGGUGGACGUAAAGAAGGAGGAUGCUGAAUCUGAAAAGGUAAAGGAUAUCACGCUAACCCUUGAACCCCCUCCGCAUCAUCACCAGGAGGAUUGUGGGAAUGCAGAGACAGAACCAACCCUAGAGACUCCCACUACUAGUGUUACCAUGACUCCCACACACUGUGUUGCCAUGCCAGGGACAUCUGGCGAGCCAGACUCCCCUCUUCCUUACACACCCACUGACUCGCCCCUGCGCCCUCCAAUCCAAAAAGCCAAAGCAUCGAUUUCCAGCCUCACCCCCUCCCUUGCUACGCCCCCUUUGGAUCGCUGCAGCACGGGCGACCCACCUUCAGAACCUUCUGUUGACCGUCUCUGCUCGCUGCUUUUCACCGAUGUCACAUCCCUGAAAAGCUUUGAUUCCCUCACAGGGUGUGGGGACAUUAUUGCUGAUGCCGAGGAGGAGGGGACGGUAGGCAAUGGGGAAAGUGGCACUAGCAGCAGCAGUAGUGGCGGAGGAGGAGGAGGAGUGUGUGUGAGUGCAAGUGUUGGGAGAUCUGUUGGGAUCAGUGUUGUCACGUCUCGGGGUUCCCCUUCCAAAUCCCCGCUGCCAUCACAACUUACCCAGCCCAUGUUCUCAGUUUGCCCAAGCUUAGUGCCUUCCUCCCUCCCAGCCCGGGCUCGUCCACCACCUGCACCACAACAACACACAGCGGGUAGUGGUGUGGUGGCCUACAUGGGUGGAGGCGAAGAGAUGGCGAGUCCUGAGGGUGUUGACGAUGCAGACAUGCAGGGGCUCUGGCACAUGCUGCCCUCCACAGGUGAUAACUCUCCUGCUUUGCCCCGGUCGCACCAACCUCCCUCCUCUACCCCGACUUCCACUUAUCCCCCUCGUGCCACCUCCAACCCUGCCAGCAGCCACCUGCCCUCUGCCUCCAGGAGUGUGGACCGAAAGCUCCCCCAGGUGAAGGCACUCGGUCUCAGUAAGAUUCCAAUUGUUGGUGGAGCAGGAAUCCGAGCUGCAAAACCACUGAUCCCUCAUGCACAUGGUCGCCACCCCACAUCUCCUGGGGACAAAGAGCUUCUGAGUGAUGAAGGCUACUGGGACUCACCUUCAGCAACUCCAACAGCAACACCUGAUGAGAGCGGGGUGCAGCGUAGCCAGAAGAUGGCGCUAUCACGUGACAGCUGCUCUGGAGACCACUUAUAUGACCUCUACAAUGAUCCUGAAGAGGACGGGGACGAUGAGGAUCAGGAAAGAGAUGGAAGUCUCAACAGUACUCCCUCUCCGUCGACUGAAUACAAACUGAGCCCCACCAACCAAACAAGUCCUCUAUCCUCCUCCUCCACUUCCUCCUUCAGGUCAAUGAAAGGCAGCACCAGCCUUCCAAAGGAAUCUAAGAUCCCUGUAAGCAGCAGACAAAGCCCCCCUCCCCACUCCACAAGCCAGUCUGCCCUCUCCUCGGUUCUAGAGGCCGAGUCACCUCCGCCAAAGACGGAUCCACCACAACCAGCUCGCACCAGAAUCCCUGUUUCAAGGGUUCCUGUGCGUCGUUCUGGGGGCAAACCCGGCGGUCAAAGCAGAGGACCUGCCAACAAGAAGUAGUUCCUGCCAGACAGGUGGUCCUCUCACUGACUGAUGAACUUGAGUCUACAUCCCUUCUGUGAUGUUUAUGCAGAGCCAAAAGUUUUCCCAGACCCAGAAAUAUGUUGAGCUGUAGAGUUAACAGCCUUUAAAUUCCUCUCAAAUCUUUAAAGCUCUCAUUCCUUGGGUUUUCUGGCUUGUGACAGGCUGGAACAGAAUAAGCAGUUUUGUUCUCUGGAGAAAGUCACGAGGAGACUCCAAAAAGCUGGGUUAUCACUUCACAGCUCUCACUGGAACUUUGGAGGCGGACUCCUGACAAUCCAUGGACAAUUUUUGCCUUGUAACUUUUCUGGAAAAUCUCCCCACGACCUGCUGAGAGUUUGACAGCUCACAACCGCACACUGCAAGACAAAAAAGCAGAGCACCUUUUUAUCCUUUACUUUUUUUCUUAUGGAAUCUCUCGUGGCGGAACAUCAUUUUCCCAAAAGGACCUAGUCUUAGCAAAGAUUUGUUUUCCCUAAGUUUGUCAUCUUGUCUAAUCUGUAACAAAUUACCUCCUAAUACUUUAAUCUUAGAGCCAAAGUAUUAAACAACCCUAGUUUUCAUUUCACAGCAUCUAGUAGUCUCAAACAGACCCACUGUACCCACAGCCUGGAGUAACCAACACCUUUUUGUUUGGCUGAUAUAUGUACUUUUUGCUUUUUGAAGAUGGUUUUCUUCUGACUGCACAUUGAUUAUUACACUGACAACAACUCUGAAAGAAUGAUGAAACUAUGUUAUUUCUUAUCUACUUUGCAUCUAUAAAGGUGGCGAAACUGGACCCCAUGUUUUGUGUUUUUGGAGGGGGACACUUCCUCUGUUUUGACUGAUUAAUUUUUAUUAUGGAUGGACUUUAAGUUUGGCUUCCGCCUGUUGCAUUUGGAUCUCACAGACACUACACUGCAUCACAUGAAAUACAUCCAUGGGAUGUCAAUCUCUGGGAUUUACAACUGUCCAAUGACCAAUGGAGACCUACAAAACUAUCGCAAUACUCAACCUGGAGGGAUCCCCCCACACUGAUGCUACAUUUCAUCCGCAACACACGUAUAAAAUGCAACUCAAUCACAUCACACACACACACACACAGUUUCUCUCCCUCUCUGCAUGCAGUGCCACAUGGGCACAAAGGUCAGGGAACAUCAUGUAAUGCUGAAUGAUUUAGAAACACACACUGUUCAACCUUUGGCACUGUCUUUGUAGCUCCACUGGAUGAUUUCUUCUCUGAGGACACAUGCACAAACAACCAAGUUUUCUAGUUACUUAAUUCUUCUUCAUGGAUUUCAAACUGUUUUUAUGGUUCUUCUUCCUUAAGUCAUACUGCACGGAUCUUAAACUGUGAUCACACACCAGCUUCUUUGAACUCUGCUUUCUGUUCUUCUUUAUUAACACGCUCUACGGGCUGAUGUGCGCAGAUGACAAGGGGGCUGUCAGCCAGCUUCAGAGAGCCAGAAUAUGCCUGCGAGUGUUUUUUAAAUAGGCUGUGACCCAAAAAAGACAGGAUUCAGUCAGGGUUUCAGAUACGAAAAAAGCUUUUGAGUCACACAAUUAACUGGAUCACUCUUUUUCUUUUGGCAGUGCUCUGAUAAACACUCCAUUCUUGGAAAAACAACAGCUGUGUGUGAAUCUGAAUGUAGCUCCACAUUAUUAUAGAUCAUCCGUCAGCAUAUAUUUGCCUGUGUUGGUCUGAUUUCAUUCUUUGUCCCUCUUUUGUGGGGGCAAGCCAAAUGCUGUUUUCCAAGUCCCCUCGUGCUCUGAGAAAUGAAGACAAACUACUGCACAGUGUUGCAGCCUUGCAAAGCACCACUUGUUUUAAGAAUGUGUGGGUGUAGAGCAGUCUUAAAAGGCCUUUGUGAGCGAAUCAGUGAGACAAGUUACAGGGAGCAGAGUGUUCCUUACCCUUCAGUUAAACAGAGUGCUUUUCAAAGGGCGUGACAUUCGAGAUGAUGUAAGUUUUCUCUAAAGCUAACCACAAGAAGACAAAUGACGGUCAUUUCAGCUCAUGAUAGCUUUCUAUCACAUUGAGACAGAAUGUGAUCCACGACAUCAGACAACUUUUCAGCCCCUGAUGGUUUAGAGUAGGACAGGGUAUACGGUCACAUGAUCCCAGGUCUGUUCAAAGUGUGUGUUCGCUGAUAAAAAAACAGCCUGAGGAUGAUUUGGGAGCCUUUUUUUCUCUGCUCACACUGUGCUCAUUUGAUUUAUUAUGCAAUCAUUUCACUCUCUGUUUCUUAUGAUGCUAAUUGACAAAAGGAUGGUGACACAAGGUAACAGUUGGGUGAUUGAAAGUAUUGUCCUCUUACAAAAAAUAAUGCUUUCUGCAAGUAGCAUUGAUGAUGCUUGGGGAUCGUUGACCAAAUCUGCUGCCUAAAGAGUCCAAAUAUUAUUGAUUUUACUUCAUUGGGAGCUCUUAAAUGGACAAUGAGUGAUCAUUUGCUUUAUGUGCAACAGUUUUUGUUCAUGGCAUCCUCCACAUGUUGUCUAAACAGAACUUGAUUGUCUACUUUUUCACAGUAAAACCUGGUAAAUAUGAUAGCUAACCCAUUUGCAAUCCAGAUCUGUUACACUGGCUUACACAGAAUAACUACCUAAGCCACCAAGGUGUCACCUGGCUCAGUUCUUUGUUUGUAUUUUUUCCAGACUGAUGCUCCUCUCUCUUCUUUGUUAUGGGCCUUUAUUCAAUCAUCCGCUGCAAUGGAAAGCACAUUAUUUUCCUUUGUUUUGUUACUGUCUGUUUGUUCACAGUGUGAAUUCUUUCCACUUUUCAUAUUUAAUGAAUAAAACUGUGUUUG